AUGAAGAGAACUGUGCUGUAUAUCAGCAUCUUUGGGCUGCUUCUGGCUUUUGGUACCACACAACCCAAGGAUGAUUGGGAGAUCUACAGCUUUCACAUCAACUCCACCGUGACCAGCCGUUACGCUACCACCGUCAUCAACAGUCGUGUGGCCAAUCGUAAAGACGAGUCCAAAGAAAUAGAAUUCCACGUCCGAAUUCCCAAGAAUGCCUUCAUCACCAAAUUCAGAAUGUUCAUGGAGGGCCAGGUGUACGAUGGUGUCGUGAAGGCUAAAGAAGAAGCUAAAAAACAGUACAAUGAGGCUGUAUCCCGUGGAGAAAGCGCUGGCAUAGUCAGUUCAGUAGGGAGGACUCUCGAGGAGUUCAAGACCUCAGUGACCGUAGCCGCUCACAAAAAGGUUACCUUUGAGCUCACGUACGAGGAACUACUCAAACGCACGCUGGGCAAGUAUGAGCUGCAGAUACACGCUCGCCCCAUGCAGCCUGUCAAAGAUUUCAAGGUGGAUGUGCAUAUAGACGAAAAAGCAGGAAUCAGUUUCAUCGAUGUUAAAGGGGGACUUACCACCGGCGUGCUGGCAAAUGCCAUCACCAAAACGCAUGUAGACAAACAGGCCUCGAUCUCUUUCAACCCCUCAGUGGACCAACAGAAAACAUGUGAGAGCUGUGGAGAAGCGGGUAUUAAUGGAGAUAUGGUAAUAGUUUAUGAUGUCAACAGAAGCAGGUCACUGGGGGACAUCGAGACAUCAAAUGGGUAUUUUGUCCAUCACUUUGCUCCAUCACAACUUCCCCGCAUUCCGAAAAAUGUUGUCUUUCUCAUUGACAAAAGCGGUUCCAUGCAUGGCAAGAAAAUAGAACAGACUCGUACAGCAUUAAUCCAUAUCCUGAAUGACCUUGCGGAGGAUGACUUCUUUGGUCUCAUCACAUUUGACCACAGCUUGGCUUACUGGAAGCGAGAACUUGUUCAAGCAAACUCCCAAAAUGUGGAUGAAGCCAAACAAUUUGCACAAAAUAUUAUGGAUAGAGGAGGCACAAAUAUUAAUGAUGCCUUGUUGGAUGGAUCACGUUUGCUGAAUGACAACCCCAGGAAAGGUUCAGCUUCUAUCCUCAUACUCCUCACUGAUGGAGACCCAACCUCAGGUGUGACCAAUCCUGAACAAAUACAGUCAAAUGUGAUGGAGGCCAUUCAAGACAAAUUCCCACUCUACUGUCUUGGUUUUGGGUUUGACGUCAAUUUUAAAUUCCUGGAGAAGCUGUCCUUGCAGAACAAUGGCAUUGCACGCCGUAUUUAUGCAGACUCUGAUGCUGAUUUGCAGCUGAAGGGAUUCUACGACGAGGUGGCUAACCCUCUUUUGACAGAUGUGACUAUGAUCUAUGAUGGCGGGGCUAAUCUGACACAGACCAACUUCAGCCAGUAUUACAGUGGUUCAGAGAUUGUAGUGGCUGGUCAGAUCACUGACAACAUUGACACCUUCUCCCCAAGAGUUGUGGCCAUUUCAAGGAACACAAGCAUCGUUUUCUCUGAGGAAAAGGGUACCACAGAGUUGACAGAUGAUAGCAACAUCCAGAGAGUUUGGGCCUAUCUGACUGUCAAACAACUGCUGCAGAAAGAGUUGCAGUUAUCAGGAGCUGAGAAGGAGAAGUUGAAGAAUGAGACUUUAAGGCUGUCACUCAAAUAUAAUUUUGUGACCCCACUAACAUCCAUGGUGGUCACAAAACCAACAAAGGAGACCACGGAAGUGCUUGACAAACCCAUUGAAGGACCUCCACCUCGUGGGGGCUCUCAGGAGGGAGGGGCAGAGGCCCUAACAGCACCCCCCCCCUCUACGGGCGCCACCUGGCGCACGGCGGAGAUGCCCAGGAUGGGCACGGUGGAAGUCCCGGAUGAGCGAACGGCACAACACCCAUCGGGCCGGGAUCCAGGACCGCUCCUCCGGGCCAUAGCCCUCCCAGUCCACCAGGUACUGGAGCCCACGGCCCCUGCGGCGGACGUCGAGAAGACGUUCCAACCUGUAAGCCGGCUGCCCGUCGAUCGACAAAGGAGGCGGCGGAGGUUGAACAGGGGGGGACAAGGGACUCGAGGAGACAGGCUUCACUUGGGAGACAUGGAAGGUGGGGUGCACACGGAAAUUGCCAGGGAGCUUGAGGCGUACGGCAGCAGGAUUCACCACUUUGUCGAUCUCCAUAGGACGGCGCAGGCGUGCGGCGGCGGUCCGACUGAGCACGUGACUUGUCUGAGGCAUGUAGGAGAGCGGAGCGAGCCUGCUCCCAGACCCUGGAGCAACGAUCUAUAUGAGACUGGACCGAUGGAACCGCAAGGUCUUGUUCCUGCAUUGGAAACAACGGGGGUUGGUAGCCCAAGGAGCAAAGGAACGGGGACAUUUUGGAGGAGGCGUUUGGCGGAGCACGUGUUGAGUGAGCAAGUCUGCUGUUUCCUGAGCCGAAGGGAGCUUCUUGAGAGGGAUGAAAUGGGCUGCCUUGGAGAACCUGUCAACCACUGUGAGAAUGACCUUGUUACCUCUGGAUGGCGGGAGGCCGAGUUUGUUCUCCAGGAGACGUUGGAGCACCUGACGGACAUGGUCUUUGUGCUCGGAAGGGGUGCGCGAGAACACCAAGAUGUCGUCAAGGUAAACCACUACGAACCUGUUGAUCAAGUCCCCGAGGACGUCGUUAACCAGGUUCUGAAAUACUGCUGGGGCGUUGGUGAGGCCAAAAGGCAUGACCAGGGCGCGGUAGUCGAUGCAGGGCAGCAAGCCGCCGUCCUUCUUGCCCACAAAGAAGAAGCCUGCGCCGACAGGGGAGGAGGAGGGGCGGAUGAUGCCAGUGGCCAGGGAUUUGGUGACGAAGAGGUUGAUGGGCUCUGUUUGUCGGUCUACACUGAAGAGGAGCUGGCCAUCAAGUGCAGUGGUCCUCAAUGGAAGGGGGAGCUGAUCCAAGAGCAAAUAGGCAGGCAGGGUGCUGACAAGGAUCGGGAAGAGAUCAGGCUUGAGGUUCCGACAUGGGGCGCGCAGAGACAGGUCCUGGGACGAGAGCAAAAAAUCAUGAGCCGAGAAACACAGAGAAAAGUGGCCUUCCUUUGGGUGUCUAUGGACCUGGUGGCCAUGUUGGCUCCUCCGUCGUCCCGUGGGGGUGGACGCUCUGCGCCUCCUCUUGCGUUUUCAAGUUGGUCAGAACUUUCUGUAAAUGGUGAACUGGAUACUACAAAAGGCUUCAAGACGAUUGUUGUCCACUUUGAGACUAAUGGCACGAUUACUCUGGACACGGGCGAUAUCACCAUUGAAUACGGACAACAGGGACAGAAAAGGUCAUGGUAUGGGGGACAGGAGACCACCACUGUUGGAAGCGCUACAGUGAUUACGCGGAAUGGAGAAGUUGAUAUCACAAUUGGAGAAAUGCACUUGAUCAUCUUGCAUCAUCGGAUCUCAGGAGACCAAUACCUAUGGCCAGUUUUAAAGCAGAGGCCUUCACAUGAUAAUGCUGAAGGAAUUUUAGCACAAAAGCCAGCGGUUUAUGAAGAAGAGCACCAACCUUAUUUCACAAGACUUAAAUUUAAUAACCAGGAAGUUAAUGUUGUCAGCGGUCUGAGAAGAUUAAGGAAGACUGACAAUGAGAGGAUGAUCGACUCUCAUGAGAGCCAAGUGAAGGAGAAGUAG